UCUGCCGUGGACUCAAACCACCCUAGGCGGGAUUCCGUCGCCGUUUUUUUGGGGAAGCUUUCUCGUUUUUCCCCCUUAUAAGAUUUUUUUUAGCACCACUGUUGCUCACAUAUCUUCGUAUAAUCCCCACAACUGUGACGCUUGAGUCGAUUUAAAGCGAAACGAGGGCCAGCUUCCCCUCGGACACCAGGACGGGCCACCAUGAAGCUAACGGACAAUGUGCUUCGGAGCUUUAGGGUUGCUAAGGUGUUCCGAGAGAACACGGACAAAAUUAACUGCUUUGACUUCUGCUCAAACGGGGAAGCAAUCAUUUCCAGCAGCGACGACGACUCGCUGGUCCUUUACGACUGCCAGGAGGGAAAACCCAAAAGGACUCUCUACAGUAAAAAGUAUGGAGUGGACCUGAUCAGGUACACGCAUGCUGCAAACACAGUGGUCUACAGUUCCAACAAAAUCGACGACACCAUCCGGUAUUUGUCUCUUCACGACAACAAAUACAUCCGCUACUUUCCCGGACACAACAAAAGAGUGACUUCUCUGUCCAUGUCUCCUGUGGACGACACCUUUAUUUCCGGCUCGUUAGACAAAACCAUCAGGCUGUGGGAUCUGCGCUCACCCAACUGCCAGGGCUUGAUGCACCUUCAGGGAAAGCCUGUGUGCUCCUUUGACCCAGAGGGUCUGAUUUUCGCCGCUGGGAUAAACUCAGAGAUGGUUAAACUCUAUGAUCUGCGGUCGUUUGAUAAGGGUCCCUUUGCAACUUUCAAGCUCCAGUACGACCGGACCUGUGAGUGGACUGGACUCAAGUUCAGCAACGACGGGAAACUCAUCCUCCUUUCAACCAACGGCGGCGCCCUCCGCAUCCUGGACGCUUUUAAGGGGGCAGUGCUGCAUUCUUUUGGGGGCUACAACAACAGCAAAGGCGUAACCCUGGAGGCUUCUUUCACUCCAGAUUCUCAGUUUGUCAUGAUCGGCUCCGAAGACGGAAAGAUCCACGUGUGGAACGCUGAAAGCGGCAUGAAGGUGGCGUUGCUAGACGGGAAGCACACGGGCCCCAUCACCUGUCUGCAGUUCAAUCCAAAGUUCAUGACGUUUGCCAGCGCCUGCUCCAACAUGGCGUUCUGGCUGCCGACCAUCGAUGACUGAGGAGAAGAUUCAGGCUGAGCCGCAGGAGCCGCUGACCAGCAGGGGGCAGCGUGAACAUCAAACCAAACUCAAAUUGUAAAUAAGCAGUUGUAGAAAUGAAACGUUUUUUGGUUUUUUUUGUAUUUAAAAUUAAAAACAUUUUUUUGUAAAAA